AUGAAAACAGCAUCUCAACAUCUCAGGCCUCUCGCCCUCAAGCAACUCACCAUCACCACACAAGCACACCUCCCCUCUCAGAUCCCAAACAUCCGCCUCUUUGCCUCUUCCACAGCCAGGUCUCCUCAGCCUCCCUCUCGCCAAACGCAAUCAAAACCCACCCCAAGAACAAACUUCACCCAAAACAAGAAACCAAUCCUCAGAGACACCAUCCGCCGCUUCAUCCCCGAAGAAGCCAAGAAAUUCGUCCGCCCAGACGGCACCCUCUGCACCACGCCCGAGACCGCCAGCGUCUUUCUCCAGCACAACAUCGAGCCGGACAACGGCGCCGCCCGCAGGUUCACCGCGGGACCCGCCAUCCAGAACGCCUGCAAGGCAUACCACGCCGUCACAGCCUUUAGCCCGCGGCACAUCAUCCACCCGCAUGACCUGCGUUUCUUCGACCCCAGGGGACACCCACUGGCUGCGGCGAGGCGCGAAAAGUACCUUCGCAAGUCGCGCGAGGAGCCGCUCUGGAUCAUGGUGACGAGCGCUGGAGCGGCAUCAACGGUGGUGCGGGUGCAGACGCAGCGGCGGCUGAAGAGUGCCAUCUACCGCUGCCUGGAAGACCUCGGGCUUCCGAAUGGUAUCGGAGAGCACAAGGAGAUCAGGGGCACGGUCUGGGUCACCCUUUACGAUCCCGUCAAGGCUUCAAAGCUGCCGCCAGAGCCCUUUGCUGAAGCGAUUGCGAGGGCUCUCAAGAGUCGGUGUGCCCAGCCUUUGAGAUGA